GAGUUCAGCGCGAGACUUCGGCGGUCGUGAGAGAAGAAUCAGUUGACGCUCCUCUUCCUUCUCCUCCUGCUUUAUGCUCCGUGUUUUUGGGCCACAAAUCCUGACAGUGUCUCGCUAAGGGGAGCGACAGCUGCUGUUUCGGCCGUGGACGUGUCCCCUUCGAGGCUGAUCAAGCUUUACAAACCAGGCAUUAGGAAAUUCGGCUUGGUUGUCAGCGAGUCCAGCUGCUGUCUUGUUGGUGUUUGCUGUUAGCUUUCGGCUAACGUCAGCUAGCCGCUACAGCGAGCUACAGAAAACGGAGGGCGAGUCCAAACUUGUCAUUUGUCACAGCGGGAACUGUCUGUUGGGGAAAAAUCCCAAUAUAGUUAAUUUUCUUCUCAGUUGCAAAACUGAGCAGAGACUUUACCUUUCCAGUCUUGGUCUUUGCAUGUAGCCACCUGGCUAGCCCAGCUCUAAAUGGCGUCGGAUACGAGUGACACAGAGGAGUUUUUUGAUGCCCCAGAAGAUGUCAACUUCACCCCCUCGCCUCAUGUGUCACCCGCGAAGUUUGUUCUUCCCCAGCCUCAGGCCCCAGAUGAGAACCUGCUACAGGAAGUAGCUGCUGGAUUGGCGCCACCAGAGCCUCGCCAAGAUGACUCUCUGCAGAUCAUUGACAGUAUUAUAGAGGAGAGUCAGAAGGAGAGUGGUGUGGAAGAGGAGUUGCUGAGAGGAGACGAGAGAUGCUCCGCUCCUUCUGUAGAGGACAGGAGUUCUGGAACAGACCACAGUGCUCUAGAACAAGAUCAAGCUCAAGUUCUGGAACCUUCGGCAGCUUCUGAGGCUCCUCCUGCGGACUCGGUUGCAGAACCGCAACAACAACAGCCUGACGUCAGGCCACAUGAAGUGAGGUCACAGGACGCGCAGGAAGUGGCUCCAGAUGUGGCAGGCGGAGCCCAGGCGUCUCAGCAACUAAAUCGAUCUCCUCCUCCUCCAGACAUCACGAGCGCUCUGGGGCCAUCUCCACCACAACCCGCUCUCAGCCCCGCAGCCUGUGCUACGGAAAGCACAGAUACAGCCAAAACUGCCGACAUCUUAGAACAAGUGCCCCUCACAGACAAAACGGCAGAGUCUGACGCAUCCGGUCCCUCUAAACCUCCCAGGCAGUUUACAGUGGAGCCAGAUAUUGUUGCUAGCACAAAGAAAACUCCGCCCUCUAGGCCGCCCCCUCCCAGUGGAGCCCCUCCCCCCAGGCCGCCACCCCCAGCUCGGCCAGCGCUCCCACCCAGUAAAACGUCUCAGGAAGUGAUGCGGCCUACGGGGCUAGAAGUCUCUACAGAACCAGUUGAAGAGCCAUGCGGAUUGGUCAGUCCAAACUCUACUGUGAGGUCCCUUGCUAAAGAGCUGCAGCAUUCUCUGGACCUUGCCAGCGCCACCAGUGGGGAGAAAGUAGUAACUGCACAAGAAAAUGAUGAGCAAGCGUCCAGCCCCAGUGGUAGUGAAACUCCUGGACCCCAGAGACCACGCUCUAACUCAGGCCGAGAGCUCACUGAUGAGGAGAUCUUGGCGAGUGUAAUGAUUAAGAACCUGGACACUGGUGAGGAAAUCCCUCUGAUCCAGGCAGAGGAGAAACUUCCAACUGGAAUCAACCCACUAACACUGCACAUCAUGAGAAGGACCAAGGAGUAUAUCACGAACGAUGCUGCUCAGUCAGACGACGAUGACAAGAGUCAGGCUCCUCUGACUGACACGGAUGGAGGGAAACUCAAACAGAAAACCACUCAGCUGAAGAAGUUUCUGGGGAAGUCAGUGAAGCGAGGGAAGCACCUGUUGGAGGAGUACGGGGAGCGUGCAGUGAAUAAAGUGAGGAGCGUGAGGGACGAAGUGUUCCACACAGAUCAGGACGAGCCGUCCUCCAGCGAUGAUGAGGGAAUGCCCUACACACGGCCUGUGAAGUUUAAAGCAGCCCACAGCUUCAAAGGCCCGUUCGACUUUGACCAAAUCAGAAUGGUGCAGGACCUCAGCGGAGAACAUAUGGGUGCGGUGUGGACGAUGAAAUUCUCUCACUGCGGGCGGCUGCUGGCUACAGCCGGUCAGGAUAACGUGGUUCGCAUUUGGGUCCUGAAAAACGCCUACGACUACUUUAACAACAUGAGGAUCAAAUACAACACAGAGGGCCGUGUGUCCCCGUCUCCUUCUCAAGAGAGUCUGUGUUCCUCCAAGUCUGAUACUGAAGGAGGGUUGGGAGCGGUAGUGGAAGAUGCCGACACUGAAGACAGAAACGUGCCCUUCAGGCAGGUUCCCUUCUGCAAGUAUAAAAGCCACACAGCCGACCUUCUCGACCUUUCCUGGUCAAAGAACUACUUCCUGUUGUCCUCCUCCAUGGAUAAGACGGUGCGGUUGUGGCACAUAUCCAGGAGAGAGUGCCUUUGCUGUUUCCAGCAUGUAGACUUUGUUACUGCAAUCGCCUUUCAUCCCAGGGAUGACCGGUAUUUUCUGAGCGGUUCUCUGGACGGUCGGCUGCGUUUGUGGAAUAUUCCAGAUAAGAAGGUUGCUCUGUGGAAUGAAGUGGACGGUCAGACGCGCCUCAUCACUGCAGCCAACUUCUGUCAGAACGGCAAAUAUGCCGUCAUCGGCACCUACGACGGACGCUGCAUUUUCUAUGACACAGAGCGCCUCAAGUACCACACACAGAUCCACGUCCGCUCCACCAGAGGGAGGAAUCGCGUGGGCCGCAAAAUCACUGGCAUCGAGCCUCUUCCUGGAGAGAAUAAGAUCCUGGUGACGUCAAACGACUCGCGGAUUCGCCUGUACGACCUGAGGGACCUGUCUCUGUCUAUGAAGUACAAAGGCUACGUCAACAGCAGCAGUCAGAUCAAAGCAAGCUUCAGUCACGACUACUCAUUCAUUGUGAGCGGCUCAGAGGACAAGUACGUGUACAUCUGGAGCACUUAUCACGACCUCAGCAAGUUCAGCUCUGUACGGAGGGACCGCAAUGACUUCUGGGAAGGACUUAAAGCCCAUAAUGCAGUGGUGACGUCUGCCAUCUUUGCACCACACCCCGGUUUGAUUGUGCCUCAGGAGGCGGGGCAGGAGAAACCCGACGCCGAGUGUAAGAGUGACAACACAGAUGACUCGGAGACCAUCCCAUCAGGAGCUUUAAAAACAGACCACACUGAGGUUCUCCUGUCUGCUGACUUCACCGGCGCCAUCAAAGUCUUUGUGAAUGUUAAAAAAUACUGAGCAGCAAAAG